CUCUCGAAAUGACUGCCAUGCUAACAGCUGCACAGUUCUCUGACACAAUCAAGCUUCUCAUCGCCUUCGCAGCACCCUGGGGCGUAGUGUUCUAAUGCUCGACAAGGGAUCCGUUUCCGCGAGGAAGUAUAGACGCAACAAGUUGGCGACUUGACAGGUUUCUUGAGUGAUUCUUCGUGUCGGAACACUUGCGUGAUGGCCGAGGAACAAUGUGCGAGGAACUCUGGACACCAGGAACUCUCUCCGAUGCAGAGGUGCGCGACCCAAUGUCUGCACUUGUUCGUCUGGAUUGCCGUGGUCGCGUACGCAAUGGUGCAUUUCGCCACCAGCGAAGUCAACACAAGCCUCCCGCAGAAGCUGAGCCAUGUCGUGGGUGGCACGCUCAUCCGGAGCCCGUACUACGGCGUCACGAGAUACUGGGACCUCACUGAUCGGGAGUGGAGGGAGGGCAGGCACUUCCUCGUCACGGCCUGGCCCUGGCUUCUGCUGCACUCUGUCCUCGGUCGGGCACUCGGCCACCUGGUGCCGUCGCUGGUGCCCGGGUACCACGUGACCUACUCGCUGGUCUUCAUGUCCCUCAAGUUUGGCUGGCACAGCGCCACCCUCUUCGUCUUGGAACACGGAGUGUUCUUCGCCCUGUCCUGGAUCGGCGUUCCCGCACUGUGCUACGUGGUGGCCAUGGCCACGGUGACACACUACGACGUGUUCAAGCUAGACUUCUUCGAGAUUGUGUACGAAAGGAACGGUGAACAUGCCUACUACAUCACCGCCGUGGCCUUCUACUGGACGGUGCUGCGGUGCUUCAGCUUCUGCAUGGACACGAUUCGGCGGCCUCCUGAUGAAUCCACUGCCCAGGGAGGGCGUAACUUCUUGGCCGACUACUGCAAGACGCUGGCAUACGCAGUGUACUUGCCUCCGCUCUUCCUUGGGCCCGUGCAAAACUACAGUGACUUCGCUGCCUCGAUGGAGAAACCGAAGCCGCCGCUAACAGUUCGAGAGCUCGCGAUGCUCGUCGCCGGGCUUCUGCGUUCUGGUGCUCACUUUCUGCUGAUGGACCUCCUGUGCCAUUACUUUUACAGCGCCGCGUUAACCAAGGCGCCUUACCUGGUAUCGGAACUGGACAACACGAGCCUGCUGGGAUACGGCGCCAUCCUGAACAUCAUGUUCUACUCGAAGUAUCUCAUACAGUACGGCGUGUCUGGCGGUUGUGCCAGAAUCGAAGGCCACAACCUUCCGGCACCUCCCAAAUGCGUCACUAGGGGCCACCUGUGUUCGCACUUCUGGAGGUAUUUUGACCAUGGCCUCCACCUGUGGAUAAAGAAGUACGUAUACCUGCCCAUAGUAGGCACCGAAAGGAAGGUGCACAUGCGGCUGCUGGCCAUCGCUGUGGCCUUCACGUUCGUCUGGAUCUGGCACUCCAUGACCACCGCGGUCACCUUCUGGGCGUCGCUCAGCACCAUCGGCGUAGCGGUCGAAGUGGCGAUGGCUCAUAUCAAACGGCUGGACUGCGCCAAAGGCUUCGAGGCCAAAUACCUGAACCCCGAGCGAAGAAGAAUUGUCAAGGCCAUCCUCGGGUCGCCCCACUACCUACUUACCAUAUCGGCCUGCAUGUUUUAUUUGGUAGACAUGGAGAUCACAACCCUGUUCCUGAGAAGGGUCAUUCUCGGAUUUCCGAUGCCCCUGGUUCCGGUGCUGGUGUCCCUUUACUUCGGAGCCUACGCGUCACAGGACAUCAUGGAGUCGGAGGCAGCGUCGGCUGCUCCAAAAGUCGCAGAGCCACUAGUCGUUUGAGGGGCACGGAUAGACUACCUCGGGCAGCUUUCACAAACGAGGCAUGGCGACCGUGCUCGCAGUGGACUGGAACUUCAAUUUUACACGCGUGUUGGGACAUUAUUCAAGGCGCUUACGUGUGAUGUGAAAGGACUGACGAAGCGAGAACCUCUAGGUGAAUCCUUUGUUUCCCAAUCUUUAUUUUCUUCGUUCCCACCUUCCUUUCCUUCUUUGUUCCCUCGUUCCUUCAUUCCUUUCUUCGUUCUUUCCUUCAUUCUUUCCUUCGUUCCUUCAUUCUUUCUUUCCUUCCUUCCUUCCUUCUUUCCUUCCUUCUUUCUUUGCUUCUUUCCUUUUUCCUUUCCUUUUUUCUUUCCUUCCUUCUUUCUUUCCUUGUUUCCUCUGUACAACCAGCUUACCCUGACUACAAGAGUCGUGCAAGUGAAGGGGAACCUUCAGCGCAUUUCGCCGCAUGGUUAAGGACAGAAAUGUGCGCGUCUGUAUAGCUGGGGAACAGACGAAUGUAAAUAAAAGACUCGG